UGAGGAAAGGACGGGACGUCAGCUGUCCUGUUGCAAACCCAGAUCCUGUUGUGUUGUUUACAUGAGUAAUGCCAGUGGAGUGACGGAGUGCCCUGCCCUUCUAAGCAGUCAUCAUUAUUAAGAGAGGAAUGGCAGGAGGCUUCCGCUACAAGGUGUGGGAUCCGCCGCUCAUCAUCUCCCAGAUUGUAACGAUGCAGGCAGUGUUCUAUGUUGGCCUAGGUGUCUGGGUAGCCACUCUGGACCUCUUCACCGGCCACCACCGUUCUCUAGACAGCCUCUUCAAGUACCAGGAAUUACAGGUGAAGGAGGUUCAUGGACGAACAGUGAUGGCAGCCUUCAUCCUUAAUGCCCUCACCAGCUCUCUUGGACUGUGGAAGGUGGUGCAAAGAACCAAGCAGUGUCUGGACUUCACAGUCACUGCCCAUGUGAUCCACCUGUGUGCCAGCUGGUGGUACAAUGGACACCUGCCUUCCCAGCCCUCCGUAUGGCUGCUCAACCUAGUCACUGUCACCCUCAUGUGUGUGCUGGGCGAGUACCUGUGCAUGCGCACCGAGAUGCAACACAUUCCUGUGCUGGGUUCCUCCAAAGUAGAUCUGUGAGUGUGUGCGUGUGUAUGCGUUUCUGUGUGUAUGGUUGUGUAUUAAGAGUGAGAACAUGGGAGUCUGAAAUUAUAUUGUCUUUUAUGUUAAAACUUCAUAUUUUCCAAGGAAGCAGAUGCUUUGCUCUUUAUUGUAUAGUAAACUACUCAUGCUAUUAUAUGUAUUUACAUAUGAAAUGUUAUAUGUGCAUUCAUCACUCAUCUUUGUAUUUUGUUCAUACAUGCUUUGCUACUUGUUCAAAUAGUUUUAUUUGAACACUUACAUGUAAAUGCAUUAUGUAUUAAUAUAUGUGGCCUGUUUCUUACAACUGUUUCAAAUUUAUAAAAGCAUUGUAAGUAACUAUGAAUGAAGUUUGAGAAUC